UCAUUGUUUGGUUUUUUUUUUUUUACUACCGUUUGGUUUUACCCCUUUGUCAAAAGGCCGUUGAGAAGGCAAAGAAGCUUAGAGGCUUCAUCGUUGAGAAGAGAUGCACUCUUCUAAUGCUCUGUUUGGCGUGCAUUUUUUUUAUUUAACAUUAGAUCACUGUUAUUUACGAUUGAGUUUAUGGAUUAUCGUUUUGACGCGUUUUGGUGUGUUUCGUGUGCAGAUGGCACUCUGCUGGAACCUUUGACAAGGGCACAAACACUGGUGGACCCUUCGGACAUUGCUAUUAGGCUUUUGGAGCCACUCAAGGCGGAGUUCCCUAUUUUGAGCUACGCCGAUUUCUACCUGUUGGCUAGCGUUGUUGCCGUUGAGGUCACGGGUGGACCUGAAGUUCCAUUCCACCCUGGAAGAGAGGGUGUCUGUGGCUCAGUGGUGUUUUUAGUGCUCACAGUUAUGCAUUUUCUGAUCAUGUUCAUUAGGACAUUUAUUGGUUGCAGGUAUUAUGUUCCAAGACAUUACUACUCUAUUGCUUUCUGUUGUUGCAGGUAUUAUGUUUCAAGACAUUACUACGUUCUGCUUCACUGGAAAUCGUGCCACUUGAGGAAGUUUUUCAGACUCUGA